UCAAAUUUCGCUAUUCAAACUGCCGCAUGUCGCAGCUGUGCCUGUGGUCUGUGGACUGUCAUUUAAAGGCGCGAAACGUUAGAGAAAGAAAUCUGUGAUUAAUAUUUUAAUGUAAAAUGUAAAUAAAAUAUUGCGUUGAUACGUGAUUAAGUAACACAAAACAACAGUAUUUUGUCGCCGCAAUUUUGAGAAUUUGUAGAAGUGUUCCACAAUGUUCGAAAGGAGUGAAGUUUCGAUGCUUUCGUCACCAUUACAUAUUCAGGAUAGCUCAAAAGAUAAUCAAGAGGUAUCAGAAGUCAGUCAAGGGUCUAAAGAGCCCAUUACAAGCGAUGACGAAGCUGGGCCAGUCACCAGGAGAAAACGAGCCACGAAUUUUUCAGACAGCGAUAGCGAUUUGGAUAAAGGGAGUAAGGAUAUCGAAGAUAAUGGCGCAUCCCCAAGUAAAUCUGGUCAUAUCGUUUAUAAUGAUAGUAUCAGUUCAUUCAAUAACGUCACCAAGAAAUCUCGAAUUAAACAUAUUGAUGAUACUUCUGAAAGUGAAAAUAGCUUCUCUGAAGGUAAUAAACAACAGAAAAAGUCUCUCAGAUCGGAACUCAAAAUGAAGAGACUAAAAGACAAGUUCAAGGGUUUGAUUUCUCACCAACUAAAGAGUUCACAAGAGGUUGAUGCUGAAUGUAAUUUGAAAUUACCCAAUUCUGAUGUUGAGAGAAGUGAAAAAUCUGAUGAAGAAGUAACUUGUCUUAAUGUUAAACAGAAAGUACAGAAGUCUGCCUAUUUAAUGAAAUCCAUUUGUGAUCCAGACACCUCUGACGAGGAAAGUAAUACAAUAACAAUGCAUAAAAAAGUAUCAAAGCCUAAACCUAGAAGAACAAAACCUACAUCACCAAAGCCUAUGAGAAUGUCAGCAAAACAAGCAAUGGAAAACAUGCACAAAAUAAAAAGUGAAUCCAAUCGGAUGUUGCGAGAGAAACAAGUUUCACUUCCAUACCAUAGACCAAAGGCUUUAUCUCUUAAAGACAUCUUGAGUAGAAGGAAGACUGCAGUUACAUCUGAUGGAAAGGCACUCCCUAUAAAAAUGAAUAAUGAUCAGCUAAAACAAUAUGUCUCAUUAUUAGAACAAAGACAAAAGGAAGUGAUUGAGCUAUGUAAAAGUGAUACGGAAGAAGAAGAAGAAGAAGAAGAUUGUCCAGAAGAUGAAGCAAAUGUUAAAAAUUGCCUCUCUAUAGACACCACAAUGGAUGUUGAAAAAGAACUAGGCUUAGAAGCUAAUACCAAUGUAGCACAAAUUUUUGAAGCAACUAAUGCUGAUUUUCAUAAUUACAACAAUUGCACUGACGGCAAUCAAGAAAGUAUAACUAAGUCCCAAAAUACUGAGCAAGUUAAUUCUAGUUUGAAUAAUGAGACAAGUUGUAAUGAAAGCAAUAAUCAAGAAAAUAUUGUUAUAUCCCAAAAUGCUGAGGAGGUUCAUGCUAAUUCCAAUAAAGAAACAUGUUGUAUUGAAAACAGUGCUAAAGAAACUAUAAAUUAUAGAAACCAAACAGUUUCUUUAAUGGGGACAGAAAUGGUAAAUCAACCUAUUAUCAUUGAUUUGGAUAAAAAACAUGAUGAAACUGCAUUUAACAUUAGUAAAAAAAAUAACAAGAAACAAAAAUUGGACCUUAUGUUAGAAAAAUCAUCUGAAAAACAAUCUGUUGAUAUACCUGAACGUUGCACAGAACGAGAAAGUCAAAAUAUGAAAUUGCAUUAUGAUUCAGAGAAAGCUGAAUUAAUUCAAGAGAGUGAACAUAGUAAAAUAAUUACUUCAAUAGAUCCUACAACUAGUAUAGAAAAACAACAAACAGAAUUACUAGAUAGUGAUGAUGGUGAAUUUUUAGACAACGAUUUUAAUUAUGAUGAAAUUGACAAACUGAUCGAAAAUGCAGAAAUAGCUUGUGAUGGAGGACAAAAAUCGUCAACUCAUGAAAAUGCUGAAUUUGUUCCAAACCCAAAACUGACUGGAGCACCUGGGAUGGUUAUAGUCUUAGAUAAUAAUGAUCCACUGGUACCAAAACAGCUAAGUGGUGUUGAUCUUUUAAAAGAGAGAUUUACUUAUUUUGCUAAACUAAAGUCUUUAGAAGACAUGGAAAAAGACAGGGAGAAAAAGUUUAAACCUGGCGUCCAGCACCUGAAACUUAAACGAGAGCUAGAAGAUCGAAUAGCUGAACAAAGAUCUAUGGAAUGGGAAAAAAGACUUGAAGAAGAGAAGCGGCUUAAGUCUGAAAUUAAUGGCCAUUUCUCAGGUGACGAUAUAGAAAAACUAGAAGCUAAGCUGGAAGACAUAGUUGAUAAAGUGGACAAUGAAAGCUCUGAAGGCGAAACGGAACCAGAAGAGAAUGAUGUCAUAUUAGAAGAUAAACCAAAAAAUCGUAAUCCCAUGGUUGACGAUGAAGCCGAGGAAUCCGAGGGUGAUGAAGAAAUUUGUGGGAAUGAUAAUGAAGAUAAGAAUUUUGAAAUGGACAAUGCUGAUGAUGGUGAUGAAGCGGACUUAGAAGAUGAUGACGAAACAAGUGAUAGUUCUUCAGAAUCUGAAGAUGAUAUUGAAAGUAAACCUAGGAAAGGAAGAAUAUUGAAGGCGUUUGAAGACUCUGAUGAUGAAUCCACUGGUGUAAAGAGUAUGUUGGAAUAUAAUGCAGGCAACAGUGAAAUAACAGGAAACAUAGUCAAUGUAGAAACUUCUAAGAAACGUGAAGACAGUGAUAUUAUUAAAGACAGUCAAGAUGUUGAGCUACAUUUAGCUCAAGGAAAUAAAUCAUCUGAUGAUUUGUUCACCACCCAAGAUUCUGAUAAACCGAACCUCAUUGUAGCUGCUUUAAAUAAAAUUAGCAAUGAUAAUGUCAGUGCAGACUUGGGUACACAAACCUUUUCAAUUUUAGGUACCCUAGGUGCUAAUCAAACAGUAAAUCUUAAUUCUCCAGAAAAAACACCUGUAUGUAGAACACAGACUCUAAAAGAUGAUUUGAAUUUACUUAUUGGUGCAUGUCCGGAUAAAUUUUCAUCACAAACGACUCUCCCAGAAUUUUCACAAACUCAAGAAUUUGGUGAUGAUGUAGCACUAUGUACUGGCAAAUUUUAUGAUAACCCGUUCAUAUCUCAAGAUGAUAAAACAGAAAAGGUUUAUUCUCCAGUUAAAUCGAUUGUAGGCUCUCAAACACAGGAAUUUGGUGAUGACACAGUGGCUCUUUGUACUGGGAAAUUUAAUGAUAACCCCUUUGUUUCACAAUAUGGAGAAAAUAGUGAAAUAAAUAAAUUAGAAACAUUACAGGCAACUCAAAAAGAUAAUGACAUUGAGAUGGUUACGAAGAACGAUACAGGAGUGCCAAAUAUUAAUGCAGAGGGGAUUUUAACUGCUAAUAACGUGGAAAAAUCCAUUUUAAAUUCUAUACUUGAGGAUUUAGAUGGUCCAGAUUUUGAACAACCUAAAAACAAGUAUUUCCCUAGUGAGUAUAACGAAAGAACGAAUAAGGAGCAUAAUCUUGUAAAGAAGAAACUUGUGAUCGAUUCUGAUGAUGAAACUAAUGAUGGUAUUUCUCAGAAGAAAAUUAAGAAGCUAAGGAAAAGAAAAGCUGAAGAUAGGGCGUUGCAGAUAUCAGAUGACGAAGAAGAAGAAGCAGAUUUAAAAGACCAGACUGAUAUUGAGUCUGAUAUGAAUGAAGAUGAAGAAAGGAUAGUAGAGUAUGACUCUGAAGAGAACGAGGUUGAAGUACGACAAAAAACAUCAAAGAAGAAGCGUAUAGGUGCUUUCUUCGAAAACGAAGCUGAGUUGACCUCGGAGGAUGAGUGGGUUGGUUCAGGGGAUGAGGAUGAGAGGGGACUGGAUAGAAUGGAGCGAGAAGAGGGGGAUGAUGAAACCUUCCAUCAGGGACAGUUGCAAAGGGAAAUCGGGCAGAUUCACAUGCGUGAAGUACUCGAUCAGGAUAAGCGUGAGGUUCGAAUGAUUCAAGAACUUCUAUUUGAGGACGGUGAUCUUGGAGACGGUCAUCGGCAACGGAAGUUCAGGUGGAAGAAUGCAGACGGAGAAGAAGAAACCGGUACAAAUCCAAAUGAAUUCCUAGAUACGCAAGAAGAAGAAUUUGAAUCCGAGGAACAGUGGAGAAAGCAGAGGCAUGAAAGGGAAAUGUUUCUAAGGAACUUGCAAGAAAAAGAUGAAACAGAUUUAAAUACAAGUAUAAACAGAACGGCUAUUAUCAAAGCGAACCUGUGCUCAAGAAGUAUGUCAACGUUACUAUCUGAAACUAAUAGAAUCCAAACAAAGGCAAAAGCUGAAAAAGACGACACAACGGCUACUACUGUGACGAAAACUGCUCGAGAUGUUUCUAGUCCAAAGAAAUCCUUCACGAUAUUUCAGCAAAAUUACCAUGGUUCACUGUUGACACGAGGCCGGGGUGCACUCGCUAGACUAGCCGCUCUCGCUACACCAUUGGUUACAGACAAUGAUGACGCGCCGAAAAACGUCACCUCAUCCAAUAGGCGAAACUUCGUCUUCACUGCACUCUCUCAGGACGAAAAGCCAAAGGUAACCAAACGGAAGGCUGACGCAAAUGUAAAUACUCCGAAGCUUAUAAAGAAAUUGAAGACUGACGACCCAAAUGACAAGCUGUUUCCCUACGCAGAGCAGAAUGUGAAACAGUUCCUAGAAACCCAAUGGGAGAGCAGUGAUGUGAAAGAAGUUGUCACGGCGUUGCGAAAGCUGGCGCUUGAAGAUAAGGAGAAAAGCGUUGACGGGCAUGUCACCAUACCCGGAGAGGAUGCGUCCAAAGAAGUUCAGAUUGAAGGUCUAGUCAAUAAUGUGAAAUGGCAGAUGUCGUCGGACCGUAAGGCGGGCCCGCUCAAACAGCUACAGGGAAUGAUUUGGAAGCAAGGCUACGAUAAGGGAGAUAUAAAGGGCCACGUAUACGAUGACGUAUCCUCAGCACUAGAGCAGUGGAAGUCUGUUGAUGGACAGAAAGUCUACAUCUACUCAUCUGGCUCUGUCCAAGCCCAAAAGCUCUUGUUCGGUCAGUCCCUGGCUGGUGAUCUAUUGCAGUAUAUCGAAGGUCACUUUGAUACUGCAGUUGGUGCUAAACAGGAGGCUGCCAGCUACUCUGCCAUUGCCGAGAAGAUCGGCAGCAAGCCUGACAAUGUUCUAUUUCUGACUGAUAUAGUGAAAGAGGCUGAAGCCGCGCGAACUGCCGGCUUACACGCAGUGCUAGUUAGCCGGGAGGGCAAUGCUCCACUCCCCUCUGAGGCCACGGAAAGUUUUACAGUAAUCCACUCAUUGGGCCAGCUCACUUCCAACAAACGCAAGACCGACCCACAGGAAGAGCAACCUGCUAAAGUUCCUAAGACUGAUCUGAGUACUGACGUUAAGACUACAGCAGAGGCAGAAAAAGCCAAAAAAGAAACCUCAACGGAGGGAAAACUAAACGAACCUGAAAAGAAAAAAGACGAACCUGAAAAGAAAAAAGACGAACCUGAAAAAAUGGAAGUUGAUGAGGAGUCUACACCUGUACAGACCACAAACGAACCCAAACUUAACAAGGAUGAAAAUAAAGAGCAAAUCGCCAAAGUGGUCGUCGAAGAGGUUAAAGAUGCAAUGGACAGUGAUAUUCCUACUGUGGACGAGAAAACAACUAUUGUAACCGAUAAUAGAGAAAGUCAGGCUGAUAAACAAGAGACUGAAAAAAUGGAAACUGAUAUCAUUAGAAAAACGGAGGAAACCAAAGUGACUGUUGAUGAAAAAACAGUUGAGAGUGAAAAGGUAGAAGCAGAGAAACCGGCGAAGUCAGAACCUGUUAUACAGAAGUCAGAAUCUGAAAAUCCUAAGUCAGAACCGGAAAAAAAGAGGUCAGAACCGGAAAAACAGAAGUCCGAACCGGAAGAACAAAAGGCAGAGAAUGAAAAACAGAAGGCAGAGAAUGAAAAACAAAAGUCAGAGCCUGAAAAACAGAAAUUAGAGCCUGAAAAACAGAAGCCAGUUCUUGAAAAACCGAAGACAGAGCCUGAAAAACAUACUUCAGAACCUGAAAAUAAGAAGUCAGAACCUGAAAAAAAGAAGUCCGAGUCAGAUAAACCAGUAGAAGUCAGUAACAAAAAGACUGAAGUUUCAGAAAAACUAACUGUGCCAAAAGAAAAAGUAGAAGUAACCGAAGUUAAAGAACAGGCACCUCUUGCUGAAGAAACAAUCAUUACCGAAAUCGAAGAAAUCACUGAUAAAGAAAAUCUUUCGGAGAUGGUAGAAAUUAUUGAAGACUUAGAACCGGUUGUAGAGGAACCUAACGGAAGUGAGGAUAUGGAAUUACAAAACGUUGGUGAUGUUUUAGAGAAAGAAUGUGAUGAGAUCUUAUCAAAAGUGCAGGAUGUAACGAAUUUGGAUAAUAUUCCAUUAAAGUCCACAUUAAAUCCAAUUGCUGAAGAGACAAUGGAAACCGACAAUUUAGAUUCUAACGAUAUCAUGGAAAGGAUAUUAGACCAAGAAACGGAACUGGAAACGCAACAGGCUGAAAAUGCUCCGAAAACAGUAACGGAAGUAGUUGAUGACAUAAAAACAGAUAAAGUAGAAGAAACAGCAGAAAAGGCGGUAAAAGAAAAAGUAGUUAAAACUACAGAAAAAUCACUAGAAGACAAACUUGAUGCUGUAGAAGAAAAAACGAAAAGCGAGGAAACAAAGGAUGCUAAAGACCAAAUUAUUGCCACGAAAGCAAAUAAUGUCUCAGAAGUCAAAGGAACUGACAGCAAGAUCGAAAAAGAAAUUCCUCCUGAAGUAACUGCAAAAGAUACUAGUCAAAAAGUAGAAGAAAAAUCUAAACCAGAAUCGGCAAGCAAAACAGAGGAAACUAAAGUUGAAGAUAAAGUUGCAACUUCCUCGGAAAAAACCGAUGAAAACACAUUAGCCGAUUCAAAGGAAAAGGAUAAAGCUACGGAAGAACAAAAACCUAAAGAAAGUGCCCCUGAGGUAAACGGCGAUGCGACAAAUGGUGAUAAGGAAUCAGUGAAUCAAAACGGAGACAGUAAAGUUGAAGAAUUAAGUUCACGGUUAUCUGUGGAGAAUGGUAAAGAAGUGAAUGGUUCAAACGGUGACUCGAUGGAUGCUGAAAACGGAACAGACAAAAAAGUCGAUGCGGAUGUGGCCGAUAUCAAAAUUAAAACCGUCACAACAGAGGAGCCGCAUAACGAACUUAUAGAGCAACCUACUGAAGCAUAAAAUAUCUUGUGUGGGGCGGGAUGUAAUUCCAGGCGUCGUAACGUUGGUUCUCAUCACACGACAAGACUGAUGCUGCUUCCGCGCUGACAUCACCUAGUUUAUAUGUAUUGAACUUUCUAUACCGAGCGGUGACACUUUUGUACAUUGCCGACAUAAAGCAAUACCACGUGACUAUACAGUACCAUACUUAUGCGCGUUUUCUAGUUCGAUUCGAUAUUUUUCGGAUACUGGCCUAUUUGAUUUUGGGGCAUACAAUGUAUGAAAUCUUAGGCUUCAUCGUAACGAAAGUCAAACACUUAUUUGCUGGUUGGCCAAGAUAUGGAGACAGAAACUAGGCUUCGUAUGUCUCUUAAAAUAUUAUCGCAUUUCAUACAUUUCCCGAAUUCCAAUUGGCAUAGCGUUAUCAGGUCGGAUACUGUGUUCGUAAUUCUAAAAUAUAGAAACACAUUUUCAAAAUAAAUAUGUCAUCCUUACAAGUAUGAUUUCUGCUAAAAAAAUUAUUCCAUUUUUGGGAUUAAAACAUAUGGUUACUGUAAAGAUAGAUUUAAGAAGUACGGUAUAUUUUCUACUUAGAAUCUGUGUAAGUCAAUGAUUACAUAUAAGAUUAUACAUGUUCAAAUAUAAGAUAUUUUUGCUUUUUAAGUGUGUGGUAUACAAUUCAUAUAUGUUAUAAUAAUGUAUGAAAUUAGUGUAAGAUUUUAAGAUUUCUCCUGAACAUUACAAACUUAUUAAGCUUAAAUGUUUUGUAUUAACGUUGUUUACGUAUAUUUUAAAUGUAUAUUGUAAGUAGAAUGUAAAUCGAUUUUAUAUUAAUUUGAAAUGUUUUUUAAAAUGUGACAUUACUAUUAUUAUAUUGCACGAGUAAAUUCGACGGCUAAUAAAAGGCUAAUUCGCAUCACAGAUGCGUAAACUAAAUUUGAUAGAAGCAGGUGAUACUUCGUCCGAAUUUCACGUAUACAAAUCUCUAAAUGAAACAAAAUUGACAGAUUAAACAGCAGUGCUGUCAUAUUUAUAAUAUUUGAGCUACAUAAUUAAAGGACUAUUUUAAAAAUUAGCAAUUCACUUUAGUUUAGAGAUUUACGUGCAACAGAAUUGGCACCAUUGCUUAAGUUUAUUAUCCGAAGCCAGACUAAUCUGUGUGUCUCAUUAACUGCAUGCACUGUUGAUAUCGUAGCGCCCGCUCUCGCUCUUUUACACAAUAAGCAAACAAAAUUUAUAACUGUCUCACAUCACAAGGAUCUUCACUUGCACACUUGUCUGCAUAAAGUCAGUUAAAAUCUGUCUGUUUUGUCUGCCAGAACACACAGAUUGUAUGCCAUGGGCGAUGUGUCAACUUCUUCGGAUUUUGAUAUGUAUGCUUGUUGUUUACUACUUUUGUUUGCUUGUACAUAUGAGAAUAAUUUAGACAUCACAACACAUAAACUGGGUUGUGUAAACAUUUGAGGAAACCGCAGUAUUAUUAGUCGCCCUCCAACUGUUAUGUACACUACAGUUUGUGUGUUGCGGUGUCAACAUGCACACAAUACAGGGUCGGAAUGAAACGUGCCUCUUUUAAAGCGGGAAGUUUGGUUUUCUUGUCUUUUAUAUAAGUGCAUAAUAACAGAUUUACCGGUUUUCAUUGCAUUACAGAGUCUUAGGCUUUAGUAAAGAACCGCCUGCUUGCGCUCAAUUUAGUUUACUGAUAAUUGAUGUGAAUAUACCAAUGUAAUUAUAUGACAUUCCUUUAUAAUUGAUUGUAUUAAGAAAAUUAGUUAGGUGCUUUUUAUACUAUUAACUCUUAGACUCGUCGUCGUCGUGUUUAAGUAUGAACUUUUACUUUUAUAUUGCACUUAAGAUCCUUACAUAUGCUUGGUCAUAGUAUUAACAAGUAUGUUUUGUUCUCGAAUGAGAUCUCGACUUGAUUUCGAACGAGUUUGAAAAUUAAAGUGGCUAAUAUUUAAUGUCAUAGAGACCGGUAUCUGGAGUGAUUACAGAGUUUAUUAUAGAUAAUAUAUUCUGGUCUUUCUGGACAACCUAGCCGGAUAGAUUCAAUCUCUUAAUAAGCUCAUUUUUUUUUUUCAUACAAUCGGUCUGAUUGCUUAAAGCUUUAAGUCACAAUUAUACAAACACUAAAUAAUUAUUUCUAAUAAAACACUCUAAACUACCCACUUUUGGAUUGAGACCAAUAAAUAUUAAUAUUUUUUUUACCUUCAAAAACGGGCACACUUCUGUUAGUCUUUGAAGGUUUUUCGGAUUGUAUGUAUCUAUUAUUAAGUUAAUAAAUGACUUUAAUCAAGCGUAUGUUAAGUAUAUUGUAUCAGUAAUCAACAUUUAAAAUAAGACUUAUAAAAUAAGGUUUUGACAGUGAAAGUAUCGUACUUUACCCCGGCUCCACACAGCGCAUUUAUUGUUACCAAUUUGGCCAUCAAUUGUACUAGGCAUGCACACGGUAGACUCUCGGUAAAAACAAAGUGAAUAUGUCUAAUAUAGAAGUUGCUGUUGGUAUCGUUAUUUCUAGUUAAUAAAAAGUAUUUCAAAAUUUUUGUUAGUUCACAUAGAUGACGUACUCUACAUGCCUGGCAACAGUCCCAACUGGGAAUAUUGGUAAACAUUUCCUUUGGAAAAAAAACCGAUAUAGAUCGGUCAACGUUGACUAAAAAUUUUAUCGAUCUAUCUCCUGUCGAGGAGCCGGGGUAAUACUAAUAAGACGCGAGCUUAGGGGAUGGCAUUGUACAUUAUUUGUCACCGCUUGUCGUAUUUGGCUAAGGUAAGUUUAUUCCUAAGUAUUAACUGUAUUGUGAUCUUAAUUAUCGUACAUAUUACAAUAUUUUCGUAAUUUUUCUUACACUGCCAAAUCACUUGCCUUCGCUCACUCCCCGUUGGUUCGUCCGGCAUUGACAGAACAAGACUGGAAAGAGGUAAUUAAUGCUAUUAAGGCUGUGUUUAUAAGUACAGGCGCUAAUUUCUAAAUAUACUGUGCACAUACUAAUCUCAAUGAAAUUUUUAUAAAAAAAAAAAACUUCAGUGGUUUAUAAAAUAAAAAUGCUAAUAUAGAACGUUUACUAGAUUUAAGCUAAAAUUAGUCAAUUAUUUAUAAUCUUUUAGUUCGUAAGUUUAACUUUCAAAAUUUAUGUUUUUUUAUGUGAAAUAAAAAAAAAUAUAAUAUUCAGCUAAUAGUUCAAAAUAUAUAAAUAACACUAUUUUAUAGUAAUAUUCUGCUCAAGCUCUAAAAUCGGUCUUCUUUAAAAGUGUUUUUUUUUUUUAAAUAUUAAAAACUAUUUAAAUUAGUUAUCACCAUAAAAUAUAUCGGCCAUCCUAUUGUAUCGUGACAUAGUAUAUUUUGAAAUUAGGCAAGACAAACGACUGAUUUUUUUUCUUUACCGAAUAAAAAACAAAAUACACUUAUUUAUUACACAUUUAUGUAUUACUACGAGGAUUAGGACCAAAUAUUUUACUAAUAGAUACAGCCAUAGUGGCGGUAAAAAAAAUAUUUUAAAAAUGGUUUACGAAUUUUUCAAUUAUUAACAGUUAUAUACUGUUACAGAAAAAUGAAAUUAAUUAGUUGGACCGAUUUCCUUGCUUGGUUUGGUAGUUAUUUUUACAAUAUGAUUCCCUCCAUUAUUUUCCUUACAAAACAGUAAAUACAUUUGGUCCUGAAACUUAGUUCUAUAAGUACCUAUUUAUUAUAUUUCGUACGUAAUUUUUCAUCAUUUAAAGCUACUAUUGAGCCAUAAACAAGACUGACCGUUUCUAUCACAGAUUUUCUUUGGUAUACCUUUUUUAUUAUAUGUUUAAAAAUAAAAAAAGGUACAUGUGAGUAAAAAUAUGGUAAGUACCACAGUAAUAAAAAUUGAUUUUUAAGUUUAAAUGUUUGACUUUGUCGAGUGCAACAAACAAUAAUGCUAGGAUUAGAUGGUCACAUGAUUCACAAAUCGUGCGUAAAGAUAUUCGAUAUAAUAAUAAUUAAACUAUUACACCAAAUAAUAAUAAAAAAACAAUACAGGAACCAAAAAAACUUGUGAACAAAUAUAUGGCAUAAAGGCGGCCUUAUCACUGGUAGUGAGUGAUCUCUUCCAGGCAAUCAAAUACAAUAUGUUUAUUUUCUGUCAUCGUAUUGUGUAUAAAUUAAUUGUUUACGUGAUCGCCUGAAGAUUACGUUAAUUUUCUGCUAUCGUGUUGUGUAUCGAUUAAUUGUUUACGUGUUCGCCUGAAGAUUUAAUAUACCUACACGUAAACAAUGUAAAAAUAUUUCAAAUCCAUGCUCGCAAUGUGAAUGGCGCGAAUAUCUGAACCUAGCAUAUUAUUUAUUUUAUAUACCUACUAGUCAUGGUGCCCAGAAUCUCUCAAUAAUUAUUAUUAGUUCUUUGUUGUUCGUAACAUGAACUGGUUAGGAAAUAUGUAUGAACAUGGUUACUAUUUUGUAUUAUUUAAAUUAUAGUUUCUAAAUUUACGUUCCUUUAGUUAUAAGAAUGAGAGUGUCGUCGAUUUGGCAAACUAACGUGGAGUGAGGGACCAAGUCUCUUAUCUAGACUGAUUUUUACUAAUUUGUACUCUCAACUUCCAGUCAAUAUAAACAACCGGCAUUUUUUAAACAAUUUUUGUUUUGUUUAUAACUUGUCGAGAUUGAUACAUGAGAGAAGCUUAAAUAUGAUAGUAUGUCUCCCAUUAGUUUCCUAGGCUACCUUUGUAUAAAUAACAAGAUUUUGAAGUCUUCUGAAAUGUAUUAAUUUUAAUUAUCACAACUAAUGACGUUAAAAUAUAAUGGAUGUAGAAUUUUAA